AUGUCUGGGCUCGAGGUUCUUGGGAUCGUCGCCAGCAUACUACAGAUCGCAUGCCUUGGUGAUAAAUUAUCUGUCAAGCUUUGUACAUUUCACCGCACUGUGAAGGUCGCAAACCAAUCUAUGCAAGAUCUUUCCUGCGACCUCGCCAAAGCCCUCGAACAGGACGACCAGGCAAAGCUUUGCUCGGAGCAGGCCUUUCGCAUAGCACAAGAAGUCUUACGGGAAUGCAAAGCAGUUAACCGUUGCACUGCUUGGGCCGAAGUUGGAUCUCCUCAAGAGCAAUUUGGAGAGGCUCAAGUCGACCAUGUUGCUGAUGUUACAUGUUAUCAUGUACGCGGGGGAGCUUCACAAAGGAAAGUAAAAUCUACUCUCACUGACCAAAGAAACCUAAUUCACAUACUUCUCGAAGAGAAGAAAGCGAACAUUGCCAAAUUCGAUCAGCUCAGCAGCUCUAUCCAAGCAUUUAGUAUCUGUAAUGAUGAUGGGUCUCACCAGGAGUCAUCCAGGAGCUUGAGCACCGAGAAACCGCUGCCCCCUCUUUCAACAGAACUAAGGAAGUAUCACACACUCGUUCAAAGGUUACUCCAUGAAAUCGACGCAUACCAAUAUAGCCUGGAACAGAGUCGACAUAUUAGAAUCCGGAAUGGUGUUGUAAACGUACAUUCAGUAGAUGCUGCUCUAUUCCAAUAUACUCAUGGCCACACAGCGACCCAAAUCUUUGAUAACCCAUUCUUCAAAUUCAGGGACGCUUAUUUUCCUGCCCCUGUAACCACUCGAGAACAAUCGGUACCUACUCGUGAAGCCCAGCAUGCUCAUGUCAGCCCUCGGGAAUCUGAGUAUGAUGUUGUUCGCCAUUCUAACACCGAAGAGGACCCAUACUACUACCAUCGCCACAGUCGAGUCCACGAAUACGACUUUUCUUCCCGGCGUAGACUAGAUCCUGAUGGUUCCAUCUCCCGGGCCAGUCAUCGUGGCGGUAAUCAAGACCAUGAUUUCAGCAGCGAUGACAAUACAGUCUACACCCCGAAGGAAACCCACGACUAUGAAGACUGUCCUCACCAUCGCCGUCAUCUCGUAGAGGGUGAAUUGGUGGGUGCUGGCGCCGCUGAAUUGUUCCGCAGCCACAGCAAGAAAAGCCGUGGAGAAGUUAACCAUGGCGCCAGCCGUAUCAGUAAGACUUUUGGUGCCGGUGGGCUUGGUGCAGUCGCCGUGAAUCCUGCAUCGCGUGCUCGGGGCUACUACCACCGUAGCAAGAGCCGCCACCGUGCUCAUUCUUUUGAAGAUGACUGUUCUUCUCAUCGCCACAGCAUACAUGGCCGGAGUCGUCGCAGUCGCAGUCGCUCUCAUUCGCACUCUCGUGCACAGAUUCUUCUAGAGCUAGGAGUUGGUGCUGCUGCCGUGGCUGCUGGUGUGGCUUCAUUGCGAGCUGGAGACCGUCAAGGCCGAUCUCGCACUCGCUCCCGUUCUCGGGUUAUUCGUCGAGGUCGAUCGGCGAAGGAUGAAGAACAGGGUGAACGGUCUCGCUCCACAAGUCGACCCAAACAGGCUCUUCCAAUCGUUAAUGCCGGAGCUGCUACUGCUGCCGCCACGGGCCUCCACGAAAAUGGUAAACUCCAGGAAGAUGAGAGGGAUGGCACAAGCCGCGCCCAACACCGCUCAAGGCCUCGCUGUGCCGCUCCAUCACAGUUUUACCCCGAUCUAUCCCGCGACUUAAACGGCCUGGUCGAAUACGGGGUCGACCCCGUCACAGGUAGCAUUCCCGAUGAGCACUACUACCGGCAGCUAUCCAGUCCUAGCGCGCCCUAUGACUCAUCCGAUACCUACAGUAGACGCUCAACGCGCAGCCGCACCCGCAGCCGCAGCCACAGAGAUCGCUACAGCAGCUCACCGGGCUCAGAUCACGAAGACCGGCGGCGGCACAGAAGCAAGAAACAUCGCAGCCGCUCACGAGAAAUCUCCGCAGUCCUUGGAGUUAUAGGCCUAGGCUAUGCCGCACAGUACUCUCAGCACAAAUAUUGCAGAAAGCCCGAGGAGCGUGAAUGGUCUAGAAACAAAGAGAGAAAACAAGAAGUGAGCAUCAAGCGGUUCCAAUCUUGCUCUGAUAAUGAUGAUGCACCCUGUGGCCGCACUCGCACUUGUUUAAAUCAAAAUUUGAUCAGUCAUGCAGUAUCUGAUGCAGAGAAGACUGCAAGACAAGAUGGACAAUCGGAAGAAGAAGGCUCGAGUUAUAAAUAUCGUCGAAUGAACUCUCCUUGCCGUAAAUUGGAAAAAAGCGCAGAAUAUGACAAGGUCAACGAAUCCACCACCCUGACGCCCAAGACUGCAAAGAACGACCUAUCACUGCCCUCAGCUAUUGACGAGGUAAUGGAAGAGACAUUGGAAGGUUUAGUUUUACAAUGGACAAAUCUGACACGAGAAAAGAUUGAGAUUGAAUAG